AUGCCGUUUGGGUUGACGAAUGCCCUGGCUGCAUUCAUGGAUCUAAUGAACCGUGUUUUCCGAUCGUACUUGGAUCGGUUCGUGAUCGUCUUCAUUGAUGACAUACUGAUCGAGACUGUGCUACAUUGGGAAAGGCCGAAGAAUGUAGCGGAGAUUCGCAGUUUUCUCGGACUGGCAGGCUAUUACCGGCGUUUUGUGAAGGACUUCUCGAGCAUCGCUGCACCGAUGACUCGGUUGACGAGGAAGGAAGUCAGAUUCGAAUGGAACGCCGAAUGUGAAAGUGCUUUUCAAGAAUUGAAGGUCAGACUGACAAGUGCACCAGUCUUGACUAUUCCUGACAGUGAAGGGCUGUAUGAGGCAAAGGAGAUGGGUGGAGUACAUGGAAGACUACGACUUCACUCUCCAGUAUCAUCCUGGAAAAGCUAA